AUGAUACCCACUUAUCAAGGAAAUAACCAAGCUUCAGCUUAACAAACUGAACUCAUUGAAAUAAAAGACUUGGCAUAAUUAGAAACAUUAAAGAAGGGUCUUACUGAUAAAUGCAUAGCUCUUUUAUUUUGGGCAGACUGGCAUCAACCUUGUCAUUAAUUGAGAGAUUAAUUCCAGGAGAUGAUCAAAGUCUACAAAGAAGUUAGAUUCACAUGGUGCAACUCAGACGAGUGUCAAGAUCUUAUUGACAAGUUCAAUGUUAAUGAAGUGCCCACUUUGGCUUUGAUUCACCCUCAUAAAAUGAAUCCAGAAGUAAUCUAGAAUCCAUCUCCAGAUCAACUUAACUCAGUUAUUGAAACUCAAAAUGAGUUUUAUCAGAAAUGGUUUGAGGAGGAAAAAUUAAAGGCUUUCAGAGAAAUUGAUGAUAUGGUUAAAAAUAAUCCCUUCUUCGCUUUUAUCAAAGGGUCACCUGAGUAGCCAAAAUGCAAGUUCACCAGAAGAUUAGUUGAAAUGUUUGGAAAAUCUCAAUAUAAAUACAAGAGCUUUGAUAUUCUAAGUGAUGAGCGUAUUAGAUAGUGGCUUAAGUUCUAUUCUAACUGGCCAACAUUCCCUUAAAUCUUUUUAGAAGGGUCUUUCGUUGGAGGAGUUGAUAUUGUGACUGAACUUAUAGAAGGAGGUGAAUUUGAAGAAAUGGUUCCAAAAGUAUGCAAAGCUUUGCCUCCACUAGAAGAAUUUUAAGUUCUACUUAAUGAACAUAAAGUAUUGGCUCUUAUUUAGGGCUCUGCAGAUGUUCCUUAAGGAGAAAAUAGCCAGAAUUUAGUUAAUCUUUUAAAAUCUAUUGGAGUAAAAUAUGUUGCAAUAGAUUUGACAUAAAAAGAAGCAUUAGCAAAAGCUCUCUAGGAACAAGGAUUCAAUGGAAGCCCUACUCUUUAUGUGAAUUCCUAGUGCCUUGGAGACUUAGAUAAACUUAAUCAACUUCAUAGUGAUAAUAAACUAGUUGAUCUUAUUCCUUCUGAAAAUAGAGUUGAAACUUUGGAAUCUAGAAUUGUAAGAAUUAUCAAUCAAGAAAAGGUAAUGGUAUUUAUUAAAGGACCAGCUUCAUCACCAUAUUGUGGUUUUAGUCAAAGAAUUGUUAAAACACUUAACAAAUAUGAAGGAGUGAAGUAUGGUCAUUUCGACAUACUAUCAGAUGACACAGUCAGAGAGGGUCUUAAAAAGUAUUCUAACUGGCCAACUUAUCCUCAACUCUAUGUCAAUGGCCAAUUAGUUGGUGGAAUAGAUAUAGUUGAAGAAUUAGACCAGGAAAAUGAACUUGAUGAAGUCUUAAGAGCUGAUAAAUGA